AUGGACUCCAAACUCAAAGACCUCUCAUUGCUUGAAGUCUCACGCUUCGUCAAAGUGUCUGACAGCGGUGAGGCAUCAGACAAUGAGACGUUCGAUGUCAUGGAUCCUGGCCUCGGGAGGCCGUUGCGCAAAAUGAAGGCGUCCAACCUUGACGACGUCGAUCGAGCGAUUCAAGCAGCCAGCGAGGCCUUUCCAACCUACUCGGCCAUAGCCGCGAGAGAGCGUGCGAUGCUGCUACUCAACUUUGACCGACUCGUCCGUGAUAACCUUGAGGAUCUUGCUUGGAUCUUGGUAUACGAGACCGGCAAGCCAAUUGAAGAAGCUCGAACAGAGGUGCAAUACGCUCUAACCUUUAGCUGGUGGUACGUUGGAGAGACGGAGAGAGUUCAAGGCCAAAUUGUCAAGAGCGCAACGAACCCUUCACUACGCUUCCUCACCGUGCUGCAACCGGUCGGACCCGUGGCUAUCCUGACACCAUGGAACUUUCCUGUUGCACUCUUCAUUCGAAAGGCAGUCAGUGCUCUUGCAGCAGGAUGCACGAUUGUAGCUAAACCUUCACCAGAGACGCCACUGUCGAUGAUCGCUAUCGCUAAUCUGCUGCGUCGCGCUGGCUUCCCCUCCGGAACGGUUAACGUUGUUCUGGCAUCGUACAGCAACACUCCGGCCAUUGGACAAGCGCUAUGCUCAGAUCUACGCAUCAAGAAAGUCAGCUUCACCGGCAGCACUCGCGUUGGCCGACUUCUCAUGCAGCAGUGUGCGCCAAGCUUGAAGAAGAUGACACUUGAGCUGGGUGGCUUGGGUGCCUACCUAAUCUUUGAAGAUGCCGACAUCGACGCGGCAGCAACAGCGCUGGUUGCCAACAAGCUGCGUCAUGCAGGCCAAACAUGUAUCUCGGCACAGAGAGCUUUCGUGCACGAGUCGGUGGUGGAUCGGGUGCUCAAAGCAAUCUCGGAGCAACUGAAUCAAGUCAAGCUCGGACAUGGUUCCGAGAGCUCCACCACACUCGGCCCAUUACAGACCUACCGUAGCCGACAAAAGGCUCUCGAGCACGUAGAGGAUGCCAAAGCUAAAGGUGCCACCGUCUACACAUCGAAGGCCGAGGUACCAAGCUCGGGAUACUUUGUCGCUCCAAUGUUGAUAUCCGGCUGUACAAAGGAGAUGCUGGUAUUCCAGGAAGAGUCAUUCGGUCCGCUCAUUAACGUCGCCAAUUUCCGGUCCGAGCAAGAGGCGAUCGAUCUUGCUAACGAUACUGAUAUGGGAUUGACCUCGUACGUUUUUACAAAAGAUUCGGCCCGUCUGUGGCGCAUGUUCGAGAAGCUCAAGGCCGGUAAUGUAGGACUUAAUGUUGGUGGUAGCACUACCGCGGCUGAGAUUCCGUUUGGUGGUGUCGACCAGUCAGGCUUCGGCAAAGAGGCCGGCAUCGGUGCUGGACUCAAAGAGUACAUGAUCGAGAAGUCGGCGACCAUGUCAAUUGCUUGA